UCAGAGUUGACUGAAACAUGUGGUUAGACAUGGCCGCGCCCUGCUGGCACUGAGGACCGUGACUGUUGACCAGGGGAUGGAAACAGUUUAGCGAUUAUUUAAAAGCUUAUUCGUGGAUCAACAUGGCAGAUAAUGCUAUGCUUGUGAAAGACAUAGGCCAAGGCCAGAAAGCAUCCAGGGCAUUGAUUAUUGAAAUGCUGGAUAAGAAGUUUCAAAGGCUCCCUGAUAUCGAUAGGAAACUGUUUUCGUAUGGCCCCAUAUAUUUGGCUGGCAACGCUGGAUUUUCUGGUUUGAUAGCCAACAGCUUUUACAGACGGGCACUCAAUGUCACCCAAGGACGAUUUACUUCCAGCCUUCCCAUGGCUGUUCUUCCCUUUUUGACAACUGCAGUACUGUACACUGCCACCGUCACAAACCCCCUAAUGUCAGGUGACCUGAACUGCCCAACCUGUACCCUGAUAAGAGGGGGUUUGGUGGGUGUGAUUGGUGGUGGCAUAUAUCCUAUUUUGUUGGCCUUGCCUGUUAAUGCUGGUCUUGCAGCCAGGUAUAACAGUGCACCUAUGCCAGAGAAGGGCAACAUGAUCCGCUUCUGGAUGAACCUAAGCAAACCCAUUGUACAGAAGAUGUAUGUUGUUCUACUACUGCAGGGUUUGUUUGGAACCUACUUGAGCUCAAAGCACUUUGAUAUCUACCUAAAAAUUUUGAAAAUACCAGAUUCUGACAGUGAAGAGCUUAAUGGUUAGCAGAUACUGUUAAUAUUUUACAUUAUCAAUCUUUGUUAAAAAUAAAACAUGCUCAUCCAGUACUAUGAUUUGUUUUUGAUGCCUUUUCCAACACAAAGAACCAUCACAGGUCAAUAGAUUUUGUCUCGUAUAACUUUGUGUCUUUUCCACAAAUGACCUAAAUCACUAGUUAAGGUAUUUAUAUUUUAUUUCUUUAAAUGUAAUUAUACCAAGAAACAUUACCUACCAUUUGUGUUUGUCUAAAAUGUAAAGAAAAGAAAAUAAAGUGGAUAAAAAGUGGUGUA